AUGAGUUCAGUCUCGGUAUUAUCAACGACCUCCUUCCGGACCGCGACGCGUCCACAAAACUACAUCUAUUUGAUCGCAAGAAGCUACUCGGGCGUGACAGUCGCCAACCUGCGCAGCUCACAUGGUCUCAACACGCACACUUCACAAUGGAACUACACUCCCAAGCGCUCAAUCUCUUCAACUCCACAAAAUCAGAUCAAGGAGUUUUUUCCACCCCCACACACCCCAGGCGUGAAGGAGGUAAAAUCGGCAUGGGUACAUCCAGUCUACAACGAAGCUCAAAUGAAGAAUGUCGCCAUCGCGCAUCGAGAGGCAAACAACUGGUCUGACUGGGUAGCUUUGGGUAUGGUUCGUGUCUUCCGAUGGGGUAUGGACUUUACCACAGGGUACAAACACCCCGAGCCCGGCGAGAACCUUCCAGAGAGAUUCAAAAUGACUGAAAAGAAGUGGAUGAAUCGUUUUGUCUUCUUGGAAACAGUGGCCGGUGUUCCGGGUAUGGUUGGCGGAAUGCUUCGCCAUCUACGCAGUCUCCGUCGCAUGAAAAGAGAUAACGGGUGGAUCGAGACUCUCUUGGAAGAGGCGUUCAAUGAACGUAUGCAUCUUUUGACAUUCCUCAAGCUAGCCGAACCAGGCUGGUUCAUGCGCCUGAUGGUUCUCGGCGCACAAGGUGUCUUCUUCAACGGAUUUUUCGUUUCUUAUCUUAUUUCGCCUCGCAUCUGCCAUCGAUUCGUGGGUUACCUUGAAGAAGAAGCAGUCAUCACCUACACUCGUGCCAUUGAAGAGCUUGAGGCGGGCAAGUUACCCGAAUGGGAAGCAUUAGAAGCCCCUCAGAUCGCUGUGCAGUACUGGCAAAUGCCAGAGGGCCAGCGCACCAUGAAAGAUCUCUUGAUGUACAUUCGAGCCGAUGAGGCUAAACAUCGCGAAGUCAAUCAUACACUUGGCAAUCUGGUGCAGGCGAGCGAUCCCAAUCCUUACCAAACUUCAUACCAGAAUCCCGUCCAAGAACAUCCGAGCAAGGGGAUUGAGAACCUGAAGGGUACCGGAUGGGAGCGAAAGGAGAUCUUUUAG